AUGCUGGUAACCUAUUUGGAAGCCAGCCGGGACCUUUGCGAGACGGACUCAGUUCUUUUUGUCGCCGCAGUAGCAGCUUGCCGUAUUAUUGGCGCCAAACUUCCCAUGGCUGGAUGCGCUACUAAACAAAGUAGGGCCAACCCAGCCUGGAGAAAAAGAACUGAGGACCGUAUCGCAAAGGCAAGGGCCCUUGUCGGCAGACUGACAAGCUUCAGGUCGGGUAAUAAUAGAUCGAGCGUUGUGCGCACCGUUAGAAUGGCGUUUGCUGGGACAAAUAUAAGUUUGUUCCAGCCGGAUAUCACGCAGAAACUAACGAAGCCCAUAGACGACCUGAAGCAAAAGAUCGCUGCUUGGGGGAAGCGGAUUCGUCGAUUUACCGAGAGGUCAAGGCGGUUCAACCAGAAUCGUCUCUUCCAGAGUGAUUAG